CAAAUCAUAUCUCUGCAAUGACAAUUUGAAUGUCCCGCGAUGAUGAAUUUUCCUGCGACGCGACACAGAUGUGCCAACGCAAAGAACCAAAAUAUAUAAUAUACGUAUGUUGCAUCAUAUUGUGCAGCGUGUCCUAGAAUCAGUGUUGCGAAUCUCGUUUUCAAAGCCAAGAGCCCGCGCACAUGUCGCAUCGCGAAAUCAACUCGUCAGGCCGAGAAAUGACAGUUACGGAAGCACGCAUUACGCGAGUGAUCUUAUCUUGUGUACGUUGUGCACGAUGAACGGCUACAAUUGCUACGGCAUUCGCGACUACGUCGUUAUCAUUGAACUCGUCGUAGCUGCUGUGCCGUUGUUGUUGUGAUGAUCCUGUGCGUAUUCGUGCGAACUCAGUAGGUCAAAAUAUCGUGAACCGACCGCGCACUUUUAAGGUUAUCUUUGCUCUUUGGCGGAUUCCGCAGCGUAUACGAGGCAAUCGUUGCUACGUUCUUCACGUUUUACGUCCGCGUUCUUCGUGCUGCGUGUUAUGUGAAUUAUGAGGACGGAAUGCCCGCAGGCGGUAACAGUCGUUUCCGCGGUUACCCAGCGCGGAUGUCCGAGCGGCAACAGCUCGCGUUACUUUUACAAAUGACAUCUCAGGAAAUGGUGUCAGGCACUGCUGGUUUACCUGACAAGAGUACAACGACUACUCUCGACAAACCGUGCUCUCCUUCUGAGACGACAACAGUAACAACAACAACAGCAGCAGCAGCGCCGUCGAGCGAACAAGAAGAGCAGCAAUUGCAGCAGCAACCGCUCUACCAAUACCAUACGCAGUAUCAACAGCAACAGCAGCAACGCGCAGCCGGAAAUACCGCAGCCGCUGCAUCGCACGUUGCUGAGGACAGUGGAGCCUCCUGUGAGAUGCGGAGGACACCACCACAAAAUAAAGUCGAUAGAUCGGGAACUGGGCAGUCUGGAAGCUCGCCGAGGGUGACGCUUCGACUUAACCAGGUGCGAGGAGCAAGGGAUGAAAAGAAAGGAACAUCAAAUUCCCGCCAGGGCAGCAUGAGUACACAGGGUCAAAGCUCCAUGGAGACUUCGUCGAAGACAUCAGCUAAUACUUCGUCAGCAAGCGGAAAUGCAAUUUCGGGUACUAGCACAUCUGGCAAUGCAUCAUCUACCGAUAGCGGUGAUAUAUACGAGUUUAAGAGCUCGAAAGAACCGACACCGGUAAGAGGCGCAAGCUCAUCUCCGAAUCCUAAUCCGGACAAAGAUAAGGAUGGUGUCAAUAAAUCUUCGAAUGGCCAAAAUAAUCACAGUGGUGAUAAUAAUGCAUCCACUGCCAAUGGUUUGUCGAUAUCUGUAAAUGAAACAAUAACGACGCCAUUAACUUCCGAUGAAGUUUCAACCGCUUCGAUGUCGCCAUCAUCAAAGCGUACCUUUGAAGGCGACAACGCGGAGGAGCAGGAUGAGGAAAAUCGUCGGAAGAAACGAAAAGAUUCCGAGAAUGCGAAAGAGACUGCAAAGAAUAACACAGUGGGAAGGCAAAAUAUCAAUAGGAAUGCUGUUGGUGGUGGAGAAAAGUGUAUUAAAUCAGGUAAACAAGGAUCUGGAGUGACGUCCGGUAAAGGAAAUCAAAAUACGAGUUCUAUCAAUGCAGACAGAAAGAGUCCUAAUAGUUCCUCAAUGGCCAGUAGCCCAAAACCUUCGAAUACUUCUAGUUCAACAAAUGUAAAAACUGGUAUCCCAGCGCUUGAAUCUGAUGGCGAAGAGGAUCGAUCAAAGUGUUCCGAUUCUAACAUUGCUCCUAAAGUACCGCCUCUAAAAAUAGUUAUUCCACAAAGUACGACUUCAGAACAAGAGCAAGGCAAUAGAAAUGGUAAAAAUAUUGCAAACAGAAGUCAUCAAUUACCCUAUGUAGUUCCUAGUUCGAACAGCAAUGAUUCAACUGAAAAAGAUCAAAAUCAAUCGGCUAGUGGUACAACUAGUCCUACAGAAAGUAGUACUAAUACAAAAGGGGAAGAUAAGAAGGACUUUGCUGCAACUUUACAUGGAGAAGAAAGAUCAACACAUCAUCAAAGAGUAUUGAGAAGUUCACACAGAACAGGAAAUGGUAGUAAUGGCUCCACAGCAUCGAAAGAAACUACUUCUUCGUCAGGUAAUGGGAAUUAUUCCAAUUCGUCGCCAUUACCAAUUAAUGCUUCCAUAGAUCGUUCGAAUAACUCUUCACCGCAACAAAGACAUCACUCGCCAACACCUGAAAUGAUUGGAUCCGAUGUUAAUAAGGCUACUUCGUCGGAAUCGACAAGUACAGGAACUGUCUCGAAGUCUAAUAUAACUGUGGAAAAGUUGGAUAAAAAUAUGGAUGGUCCCGGGAAAAAUCAGAAAGAUAAUGGUACAGAAAAUUUGGAGAGCAUUUCAGUAACUACUUCGUCUACGAUGUCUAACGCUAGUACGCCGGCACCACCUGUAGAACUUCAUCCUAGGAAGAGAAAAAUGAAACCUAACAAAGAAGCACAACAAGCUGCAGCUACAGCUGCUGCUAGCGAAGCGGCUGAAGCAAUUAAUACUGGACCAGAAAUUCAUCCACAUGAUCAACCAAUCACUAAUUGUUAUCAAUUAUUUCUUAAUAUUAGAAAACAGAUUGAAAGAAGACGAAAAAGCUUAUUUCCUGUUCAACCAAAACCUCCUCAAGGUUUUAAGGAUUAUUUGAUGAAUCGCUGUACAUAUGUAUUAGCUAGUAAUGCAAAAGAGCCAAAUGUUAAUCCACCAGCUGGUUUGCAUGGAGCUAUGAAGGAUUUAUAUGUUGAACAAGAAAAAGAGCGAUAUCGUCUAAGAAUGCAACAUGUGGUUGAAAAAGAGAAAUUAGUUCUGUCGGUGGAGCAGGAAAUCCUUAGAGUUCACGGUAGAGCGGCUAGAGCACUCGCUAAUCAGUCUCUUCCCUUUUCUGUUUGUACAAUUCUUAAAGACGAAGAGGUUUAUAACGUUAUUACUCCCGAACAAGAAGAAAAAGAUAGAAAUGCAAGAAGUAGAUAUAAUGGUAGAUUGUUCUUAAGUUGGCUUCAAGAUGUGGAUGAUAAAUGGGAAAAAAUUAAGGAAGGCAUGCUGCUGAGGCAUCACAACGAAGCAGAGUCAUUGCACGCUGUUCAACAAAUGCAUUGGGAAUGGAAAUUGAAAGAAGUGGGGCUCUGUGAAUCCAAAAUGACUCCUCAGAUUGAAGAUGUUCAUGUUCCAAUGGUACAUGUUUCAGACGACUUCGAUUUGUUACCAACAAAUUAAUGUACAUUAUCCAUACAUAAUUUGAACUGGUAUAUUCAACAUUUUUCAUGUCUUUGAAACAACUUCGAAGAUGAUGGUUUUAAUCUGUGAUCUCUCUAUCAAUGUAUGCACUAUAAACAAAUUUUAUAGUGACACAACAAAAUGCGAACACAUAUUGUAAUGCUACAAUAUUGUGAUUGAAAAAUAUUUCUGCAAAAAAAAUCGAUAAAUUAUUAGAUCAUUGCACUAUUGUCAAAUCCAGAUUUUAAUUUUUAAACGAAAAAGACGAUUUUGAGAUUAAAAUUAGAAUUAUUGAAAAUUUUAUUAAAUAGACCGCAUAUAGCUUUAUAUUUGCAAUUCUUUAACAACUUUUGACAAUAUCAGUGAGAUUAGAUUACACUAUGCCAAAAAGUUAGGAAAAUACUCUUUCAUUUUAUAUAGUUGAAACAAAAUAAAAUAAUAUCAAUUCACUUAUAUGAAAUAAAUAUUCAUGUGCCUUGAAUUUUCAUUAAAUUAAGAAUAGUCAAAAUAUUUAUAAAUUUAUAGUGAUCAUUUAUAUUAUCUUUGACAAUGCAGCUUUGCUACAUGCUUUUAAGAACUAUGAAGACUGAAAGUCUGAGAUUAUACAAGCCGUAAACUGUAAAUAAAUUCAUUAUUUUGAUUUUACCACUAAAAGAGAGAAUUGUAUGAUAAUUGAUAUUUGUGUAAUCAGUUUAGUAUGCAAUGUGCAUAGAUUUUUUUUUAAAAAAGGUCAAAAUAACUCAUCACUUGAUAAACAACUUGUAGCUGGCCGUAGAUUAAAAUGCACUUGGCCAGAAAAUCUGUAUUUUAUUUAUUAUAAAUGUUCAAGAGUUAAAUUACAAAUUUCAGUUUUAUAUCACAUUUUUUUAAAAAAAUAUUUCCAAAAAGUUUUAAAAAAAUGAGAGAGAAAAUCUAAUUCUUUUGAAGCAAAAUAUAAAAAUAAUAAAUGUUAUUAGAUGUGUAAUAAAGUGCAACUAACUAAAUACAAAUCAUUGAAAAAUUGCCAUAAUGUUAUAUUAAUCGCUUGACAGAAAACAAUAUAUACUGUACACAGAUGUAGUUAUUAGAAGCUAAAUAUAAGAGUCAAUUAAAAAAUGCUUUUAAGCCUUAUAGCAGAAA